CAAGAAAACCUCAACCCAAAAUCAAAGGAAAGAAACAUGACAUGAAUAAAAUAUAAAAAUAAAAAAUAAAAAUAAGAUAAACCAUGGCGCCAACACCAUCACAGAAUCUCACCAAAGGAACAGCAGCAGCAGCGAAACCACAACUCCCAAUACCCCAAUCUCCACUUGAUAUCCUGACCCAAACACACACCUACCUCCGUCGCUACACAUUCCACUUCCGCAACGGCGACAGACACACCCUCUCCUUCCGCCACGCCCAAAUGCUGCGCCGACAGCUUGCCCAUCUACUUGCUGAGUGGACUGACGAUGAUUCUGUCGGUGCUGGUGGGCAGCAGCAGCAGCAGCAGCAGCAGCAGCGGGUAUCACGUGCAAAUAGUGCAGCAGGGACCGGUGCCGGGGGACCAAAAGCCAGGGCGCGCAUCCGGAUGUGGCAGGAGCGUGGCCUGGUAGAGACGUGGUGGACGGCGUUUACGCAGUUGGCGCGGCAUUCGAAUGUGGCAAAGGGGGUGUUUCUGAUUGCGGUUUUGGCGGAGGUGGGGGGUGUUGUUGGGUGGGAAGGGGGAGGAGGGGAGGUGGAUGGACGGGAGGAUUUGGGGGAAGGUGUGGGGGUGAGGGAUGCAGGUGCGCGGUUGGGAAUUUGA